AUGGAGUCAGGACGCAAGAGAAAGGCUGAAGAGCUUCCCCUCACAGUCGGAGAGAUGGAGAGCCUAGCUGAAGUGCCAUUUGUCAAUUUCAAGGAUGUUCUGAAACUUCCGCUGCCGAAGUUUAUCCUCGACCUGUCAGGCAAAGGGAGUAGCGACCGCCCUGGAACGGUUCCGGAUGAGGUUUACCGCUUCAGUGUUGCAAAAGAAGUCCGGGAUCGAAUUCGAGCCCUGCCGGACAUCCCGAUGCAUUUGCAGGACCCAAUCCCUGCAUGCUCUGUUUUCCAAUCUGAAAACAGCUGCAAUGCAGAGCAGCAGAGGGUGCUCUUUGAACCUAUCAACUACAUCUUGGCGCAAUGGCCGGAAGGGACGGUGAAACAGUACCGAGUGCGGCUGAACGCUCUGCAGCCGGACCGAAGGCAUUCCGAGCGAGAUUCGCUCUGCGGAGAAUUCUCCAAUACAACAAAUGCCACCCAGCCUGACAAUGAGGUGCUCCGCACCUUUGAUCAGAUUGGCAACGUAGCCCUCAGAGCGCGCAGUGCACUUGCCUGCGAAGGCAAGCGCUGGUCGGUCUUCAUUGCAAAUCUUCCAGACAACAUCAUCCACAGCGGCCACUUCGACUUGGGAAAGGCCUACAUGGAGGAUUCGGAGGACCUGAGUCCGGACGCCCGUUCAGCCUUCUACCAGCUUGUACGGUAUUUGUUCCUUGGGGACAUGGACGAGGGCAUUCUGUACACUCUGAUGGUCCUUUGGAUCGUGCGGAUUGUCAACAGAAUACCGCUGAAAGUGGCUAUUUCCGAGCCGAUCACCAGGGACUCGGUCAAUCCCUCCAUGCGGGAGGUGGCCUUUGUCACAAUUCUGAAGGCGGUGGAACGACUGGAGAACAAGUCGGAGAGGAGGAGACGGGAGCUGGAAGCUGUCGGUGUGACUGCCCGUGACGGCGGAGAGGGGGGCAUGCGGUCAACCGAGGAGUACAAAGGUGCAGCGGGUGUCUCGAGCAGCGUCGAGCAACAGCCGUCGACUUCAACGUUGCCCAACACGGGUGACGCGCUGAUUGCCAACUUCCGAGAAGUUUCGGCACCCAUCCUGGGUAACUCGAUGGUUAGGGUCGGCAGAAUUGACAAUGGCGAGGUUGUCGCUGCCAAGUUCGUGCCUGGAGAUGACGAAGAUUGGGUUCGUGAAUUCGAUAACGAGGCGAGAAGUUUGGACGAGAUGAAGGUACUCCAGGGAACGGCCCUUCCCGAGAAGGUGUAUGCGGGCAAGGUGCAUAAUGGCAAAGAUCGAUUAUUGGUCACGAAGCUGGUUGAAGGACAGAGGCUCGACGAAGUUGCUGUGACUAGUCAAGUGGCAAACAAUGCAAGGAAGGUUCUGGGGGACAUCCACAAUCUAGGGUUCUCGCAUGGAGAUGUGGCCCCCCGGAACAUCAUCGUGAAGAAGUCAGGGCAGGUUGUCUUUGUUGACCUCGGAAGGGCACGCAAGGGUUCCGAAGCUCUCUUUGAGCAAGAAAGGAAACAACUAGAGAAACUUUUCUGA